GUCGUUAGAAGAUCUGAAAAUGCCGACAUUUCGAAGCAACAUUGUAGUCUUCAAUUUGAUAGCAAGAAGAGCAUUCACUACAACGUCAACAAAAAAUAUGGGUUUCGUGGAAAAAGUACGGUUACUGGAUUAUUGGAAAAUUCAAGAUUCUGCUUUGCAAAGCGAAUUUCCUCGAUCUCGUCUCGUUUUGAUGGUUGAUCGGCGCCUUCUAGUCACGAAAGAUCAACCAGAUGUACAAAUGGUGGAACUUUCGUUUGAUGAUUUGAAACAGAGACUUGGAGAAUAUGGCUUACAAUUUGAUUUGAGCAACUCUUGUCUUCUGGAUGCACUGUCUACCGAUGUUGACAUGAUUCCACUAUUUGGAACCUCAAUUGACGCUGCGGAUCCUCCAGAAGAUUCUCCAAUCUCGAAGAAAGAAGUUCUGAAACAGCUAGGGAACAGUUUGGGAGGCAGAUUUACAGAUAUUCGUAUGGCUAUGCUGACAAUGAGAGAGGAACGACAACGAAAUCUUCUCGCUAAAUUCCAAUCUCUUACCAAAUGGGCAUCCAUUUAUCGGAGAUGUCCCAAGUGUGCAGCUGCUUUGAAAAUGAGAUCAAGUAAGAGUGGAGCAGAAUGUGUGACGUGCCAAAGAGUUUAUUACCCAACGUUCUCACCAGUCUCCAUCACACUUAUCACGGAUCCAACAAACGAACAUGCACUUCUUGUUCGCCAUCGUGGAUCAGCUGGGGGAGUUUUUACGGCUGUUGCAGGUUUCGCUCAUUCUGGAGAAAGUAUGGCAGAAUGUGCACGUCGUGAAAUUGCUGAAGAAGUUGGAAUUGAAGUUGAUUCAAUACGAUCACUGGAUAUGUCACAGCCAUGGCCAAUGCCCGAUUCGUCGCUUAUGAUUGCACAUGUGGCAGUUGCAAAAAUUGAUCAGAAGAUUUCUGUGUGCCCUGAUGAGUUAGAAACUGCUCAAUGGUUCACACGUCAUCAAGUCAAAGAAGCUCUUACAACAACACUUGCUGACCCGCUCCUGAAAAAUCUUCCACGAACAUUGGACGAUCGUCAGACACUCCACUACAUCCCUCCAGCUGGAGCUAUCGCACAUCAAAUGAUUCGACAAUGGGUUGACGGGAAACUCGAAAACCAUAAUUCUAGAAUUUAGAACUUUUGUAGUUUUAUUUUUUCAUAUCAUUUUCAAGUCAAUUUCAUACAAUUUUAUCAGGAGUCAGAAAGUAAUAGAGAACAAUUGUGUAC